AAGGUCCACAGCGACGGCUGCCAUAGGGAAUAGUCUGCCACCGCCACCACCCUUACGACGACGCGGCCUACCCGAUGCUGCCAGCUAGAGCCUGCAGGAAUGUCGUCGCCCAAGGCAGAUCUCUCUCACCGCUCGUCGCUCGAGCUAGUUUUCUGAAACCCUCACCCGCAACUCUUCCCCGAAGGCCGAACUUUCUAAUUCAGCGGAGACAACAGAGCAGCGUCAGCGCCUCGCCAGAACCUCCGACGCCCUUCUCACCACCACCACCACGCUCUCCUCCUCGCCAGCGGCCUAGCAUACUGUGGACACUCUUCAAAUACGCCUCCGUAACUGUCCUCUGCACCACCGCCGGCUUCGCCAUGGCCGCCGCUCCCGCCUACAAGACGAUCCAGGAGAUCAUAACGCCUCCGACAGACGCGGAAACGCUUGAGCUAUUCACCGCGGAUUCGGACGUUCUCGCGGAGAUAGAUGAGCAGCUGUUCGCACAUCCGCUGGUCAAGUCGCUGCUUGAGGAUCCGAGCUUCAUCGCAUCGCGCCCACAUCUGAAGAUCCCGCCGUCUUUGCGACUACACAAUCUUACCGGCGGAACAUUGAUUGGAGAGAACAAGAUUGGCGUACCACCGCUUACAUUCACCACAGAGGACGGUUCGCGCUUUGUCAGCGUACAACAUCUCGGCUCCGCGCUCUGUGGACACCCGGGGAUCGUUCAUGGGGGUCUAUUAGGAACGCUGCUGGAUGAGGGGCUGGCGAGGUGUUGCUUUCCGGCACUGCCCAACAGAGUGGGUGUGACGGCGAGUCUCAAUAUCACGUACAAGAAGCCAUGUAUGGCGAAUCAGUAUGUCGUGCUGAGGGCGGAGACCACCAAAGUGGAGGGAAGGAAGGCAUGGGUCAAGGGACGGCUAGAAACUUUGGUGGACGAGGCAAAGGGAGAGGUGCCUAUGGUGUUGACAGAGGCGGAGGCGCUUUUCAUUGAGCCGAGACAGGCGGCGACGAUGGCGAGAGUCUACUCGACAUGAGACGAAGCACCAGAACGGAUUUAAGAAGAUUUGGGCUAUAUAUUCUAAGUGAUACAUGAGAUUUGGUACGGAUUUCAACAGCAUCUCUCUGGAUUGCUGACUACAUUGACGAACGAGAACGAUGCGUUGCAGCAUUGGAG